AUGGCCCAGCAACAGCGGCAUGACGAGUACGGAGAAGAAGAGGCGGCUGAAAGGAAGACGAAAAGGCAAGGAGGGGGAAGUAAGGGCGGGGUGACUGACGGCCAACGAGGGGCGUCGGCCCACGGCGGGCCCGCGCUGGCGGCGGCGUCGCGUCGUCAGGACGCGCGGGCCACGGCGGCCGCGGCGGCGGCAGUGUUGGCCGUGGCACCGGCGGCCGAAGCCAGAGCGCGCCACUCGGUCUCCGGACCUCCGACGGGUGUGGGAGCGGCCGCGGCUCGCUCCAACAAGAAGCGGCUCUCGGCUGCGGUGCACGCGACCACGCUCCCGCUCGACGCCGGCUUUGUCGGGGCUGCGGUGGGCAAGAAACGCACGGCCUCGGUGCGUCCCGAGGUGAUGCUGGGCAGCGCGGCCACCCUGGUCGGCACGGCACCCGCGCCGCCUUCUUCCAACGCCGGCGGAGGAGGCGUGAUGGUGGUGGACGCGGCGGGCGCCAGGCGCGCCGGCGCAGGGGGGCCCUCGACGACGAUGAUGCGGGGAGGUAGCGAGAGGGACCCGAACGUACUCAGCGAGUACCUACAGGUGGAGUUCGACGACGUGUUCGCCGAGCCCGAGGGCACGUACUCGCUGAACGGCGUCUGGAAGGCGGCCACGCUCACCUUCACGCACACCAAGAACAUCUGCUACCGGGCGCUGAGCCUCCUGUGCGCCGUGCCCCUGGCGCUGAUCGUGGGCAUCAGCUUCGCGUGCCUGUCCUUCCAGCACAUCUGGUGCAUCGGGCCGGCCAUCCGCCACUGCCGCGUCAACUGCCACGUGGUUCGCCAGUACAUGCGCAUCAUCCUCGAGUCGUGCUGCGCGCCGUGCUUCUACGAGAUGGGCCUGGUGCUCAGCAGGAUCCGCGUGCACCACGUCCAGAACGGGGACAGGCACCACAUGGAGCCCAUCUAGUCUGGGGCCGGUGGACACCGGUCGCGGCGCGCUGGGCAGGGCGACGAUAAUAGGCAGUUUUAGCGCAGCGUUUGUACGGUCUUGCCGUUACCGGUACCGGCGGCGACGACUGCGCAUCCACAUCGAGAGAGAGCGAGAAACAACUUUAUUAAAGUGAAAACAAGUAUCACGGAGGCAUGGGGGUCAGGCGGUGCCCGGCCGCCGCCACCUCCUCGGCUCGCUUAAUGGCCCCUGAGUCGCACGUCGAGGCUAUAGUCCCACAGCAUGCACAUGCACACAGUUUACCGGGCAGAGUCAUAGCAGUCGACAUCGGUAAUGGUAACGAUAAUACAGUAAUGCUACGGUUAACAAAACUGUUGAUGUCACGCUAACGUACCGUCAGCAUAAUUUUAAACACGAACAGUAACGAACGCCUCUUACGCGUAAUUACGUGGAAGUGCGACGCCUAAUCACUCUGUAGCCGCUUUCUAUGCAUGAAGAAGUCCAAAUUGUACGUUUUCGAGUUUGAAUUGGGCCACUGAUACAAAUGUAGGUGAAAUUUCAAACAGAAUAAUGCAUUGCAGUAGUUUCGGAAUUGUUCGCGUUUGAAGCAUAUCCUUAUACUAAAGCCCCGGUUGAACGUGACAGGGACCAGCGAGUUGGCGGUCGGUCAAAGAUUACUUCCCUUGUACAAUUCGGAGGAGUAUCACCGGCACCGCAUCCCGUGCAUUGGGUGCACGCUAAAAAACCCCGGGUGGUCUAAAUUAGUCUGGAGUCGCCCACUAUGGCAUGCCUCAUAAUCAAAUCGCGAUUUGGCCACGUAAAACCUCACAAUGUAAUUUUAAUUUUACGGGCACCACCUGACGUCAUGAACGUCUUGACUUAUCUAUAGCUUUCCUAACAUAGUUGGAGACAAGUGGAUCAGUAUAGAUGGCAGAUUCUUCCCGUGUUAGCUGUACAAAAUUGUAGCGGCUACGAUAACGUCAAUACAUACUCCCUCUAAACUUGGCUCUUACGUGGUAACGUCGAAACGACAAGUUUUUUCCUCUUUAAUACGCCUCGUACACGAAUGUAGCGAGGUAGACGGCGAGCAAAGCUCGUGCCGGUCCCAUCUCCCCCACUCUCCACGAGACAUUGUCAAACCGUUUCUCGUCCCAUUACAAUGCUACAGAAAGCGAGGUUCGUUGUACUCCCUCCGCGCUCGAUUAGACAAAAAGUUUUUGGCUGCGCCUUUAACAUUGAGGUGCGUUCUCCAGCUUGACUUAACAAAGCUGAAAGUGUACUCGAUUGUAAGCCACUUGAUUGCAGUUUCAGCUCUUCCGUGCUAAUUAACUGUUCCUCGCCCUGUUGAAUGACGCUACAUUUGUCAUCAAAAAGAGCGUCGACUGUCCGGUGCUGCGCGCGACCAGCAUGUCUCGUACCUACCAUGUGUGUUCUGCUUCAGCGUAGGUGAAGCUAAGGGCAUUGCGUUGCGAUUACCACCAUAGUGUAUUAGCCUUCGGACUCGAGUGUUCUCUUGCAUUGCCUAAGCAGAUGCCCAUGAGAUGCCUUUAGGUUUGGAUAUAGUCACCUGCUUGACUAGCAGAAAACAAAAGACGCCGGUUUUCUUUCUUUCUUUCUUUCUUUCUUUCUUUCUUUCUUUCUUUCUUUCUUCCUUUCCUUCUUUCUUUCUUUCUUUCUUUCUACAAUGUUUUGUGCAUUGGGAGAAGGUCUUUAUAAUUGCUAAAGCAAUGCUGUCAUUCCCGACAAACAGAUAAGUUAACUGAAUUCAACGACAAGACCGUUCGCCGAGUGAUUGGUUGUGGGUAAAACAUUUGGAAGUACCUUCGCGGUGAAGCCCGCUUACGUAAGUGCAUCAGGUAAAUGGAUUGCCGCAUUUUAUAGUCUUGGAAUGUCAGCGCUUCCCACGAAUGUAGCAAGAAGAUGCAUCUGAAGUCGGCGCAUUUAUGAAGUCUGAAUAAAUUCCGCUAUAAGAAGUGAACAACUUUGACCGCCUUGGAAGCAAAACAACACAUGUAAUUCACACCUUUGGUAUCCGUUUUUAACAGCCGUUGAAAAUUAAAUAAAUUGCAGAUAACCACGCUUUAUGCAGCUAGGAAGACCGAGUGCUAAUCAGUUAAAACUCAAGCUCUGUCAACCAUGUUUUCACCUUUAAAAUACUCAUGGCGUCCGACCAGCAUUCUUUUUGUGCCCUAAAACAGCCCUCAUCGAAUGCCUAGAGAAAUAUCUUAGUCGAAAAGUCCUAAUGGUUAGACUGUAUGCUUAAUAUAGCUAAGCCUUCAGUUUCACCUUCGAAGAAACGGAACCUAGCUAUCGUAUCGUCACCUUGUUGAAUGUCGUCAUUCAGCUCGACUAUCGUAUUUACACAUCUACUCAAAUAACCGGUGCAUGUGUCACACAUGUUUCAUACACAGGGACCAAGCACGUAAAUCAACAUUUCCAUAUCUUGUUUUCGGUGCCUGAAAGCAGCGCCAUCGAUGUAAUAUCCUUUCUUUGCUGCUGUGACUGUAACAAAAGGCGACAUCUACCGAACUUUUCCUUGUGAAACUGUAGUUCGGAUUCUAUCACGAAGUUUUGUUUUCUGAGCGAUAAGAUAGCCGGGGGGGGAGGCAUUUUGGAAGUCACGUCUGUAGUCAUUUCCCCAGUGAUGUCAUGGGAGUUUGCGUGAAGUUAGCAGUAUUAGUAUUUCCGUGGGUGACACUGUGUUAUCAAUAAGUUGCACAAGCAAGAAUUCAUCUUAACGCCCACAAUUACACCUUUUUAUUUCGAUGGAGGAUUCUCAGACGACAUAGUGUUUUAUAUGUAUUAUACUUAAACUGUAAGGCCUGUCAUCUGAAAGAAUAAAUAUAUGUACUCGUGGUUAGCUAAAACAUAUCGUGUUCUCCACAACUAAUUACAUGUUCGGCUGCAUAACGCAUCUUGGAUACAAUGUUUAAUUUUUUAUUUCUCCUUUGUUUCUGUCAUGCCAACCACUUUGUGCAUUUUAGAUAUGCAAAGAUAUAUAAUAAAAGAAAGAAAACAUGCAAUAUUACUGCCUAUGCGUUCUUAAAGAGAAUCAUUUUUAUUCUUGUGAAAAACAAUCACGUGAAAUGAGAUAAUGUGCAACCCUUUUCGGAUAACGUGCACAGAAUGGGUGGCAUUGGCUAUAAUAGCCGUAGGACGCUACAAAGUAUAUUGAAAGGUAGUAAAAUUCCAUCCACGUGGUUUCCACACUUAUCUCUCUCUGUCUCUCGCUCCUCUUUUCUAUUUUUCUACCCGUAUCUUAACGUGAGAGAUUACUCGAUUCGACUGCGCGAAGGAUAACUUGCCGCACAUUUUCGUCAGAAAUGAGCACUUAUUUUGCUAUCCGUCGCCUUUAAAACUAAUCUAAAUGGCUGUAUUGUCUUUGCUUAUAAACGUGUUUUAGUGCUAACACAUUCCUUUGCUUCAUUCUUACCUCGUUCGUCUCUCGACAUGCAUGUGAUGAGCAACUGGAACUUAGUGCCGCAUUCGAACAGUUGCUGUUGAGACGCGUUUCAGAAGACAAUCUUUUCAGAGUUCGUACAUUCGAGAAAACGCCUCUGAAGUAUUUAAUUUUGUUAAGACAGCUGUUAGCUAUCACGGUUCUGUAAAAGAAAAAAAGACAUGCCAAUGUCCCUGAACCUUAACGCUGUUUCUGCUUCACUUUUAAUCAUUGUCUCAAAUGAGAUGUGCUUCACUAUUUCGUGCCUUGAGACUGCAUGCCUUCACUAACAAGGCGCUGAAGGAGGUUAGUGUUACGGGAAGUUGAUCAAGGACGCAGCAGUCGUAUGAUACGAUUCUGCGCGCGAUCUGACUUUAUCUAUAUAGCACCAAUAACCGCAUCCAGUGAGUUCCUGUCCCAUUACAGCAGGUUCCUACAAGGUUGAACCUGCUCCAAUAAGUUAUAACGGGUUUCAACGUUCCGGGCAGUCAUUUUUCAACAUUGCGUUGAUAUAGCGCCUCCUAAGACAUUUCUUUUUUCUAGCACUAUUGAACGGCACUGCAUACACAAAAAUGUACGCAGUUAAGUAAAAGCCCAAAGCUGAAUAUCUGCAGCAGAAGUGGGCAUGCAACUUGCAUUUUUUUUCGGGUAGAUGCAAUAUUCUGACUGCAUACCACUAUAGGGAUUUUUCGUUUUUGUUGUUUUUGUUGUUUUUGUGAAAGAUUUGUCUUUACCCAGGUAGGCGCCUAGUUUGGUGCAUCUAGUCAUUUUGCGUGUCUUCAAUGACGUACGGAGUGUAUCACUCUCAAGCAUGUAUGUGACCCCGUGUAGUUUUACUCUUCAGAAAUGUAUAACCGUUCCCUUGCAAUGUGACAGCCUCCGGCUGCUCUAAUUAAUUACUCAGGAUAGCGGGCAAUUCCUGCUUGGAACGAUAGCUUAGAGCCUCUUAUAUGCUUUAUGAAAAUCGCCGUGUCCUUGCGACGCAGAAAGUACCGAAAACAUUUUGAAAAGCAUUUUGCAAUGGCUACAGGUAUACAUUUACGUGGUUCUCGGUUCGUGCGAGUAAGUGCUUAUAAUGGUACUUAAGGCAGGUGUCACAUUUGCUGCCGUAAGAUAAUUUUGUCUUUCUUUGUUAUUUAGCUGAGCAAAACCAAGAUCAUUUCUUUAUUCGACUGAUAAGGGUAAUCUCACUUAAAAAAUAGUUUUCAGCAUUUCUCACCAUAAUAUUAUCUCAUAUAGGGAUCACAUUUGUUAUAGUAGUGCAAACAAAAAAUAUUUGGUACUGCGAACCAAUUUACGUUUUUUACCUUUGUUAUUAGUGUACACCGAAACGUCAGAAAUGUUUGCUGUUAUGGCCUUACGAGCAUGUGUCCCAGAUGAACCCUGUGAGUGAUACUCAAAACCUCGAUACAUACACACAUCUUAAAAAAAUAUUUGUGUGGUGGGUGAAACCUGUACAGAGCUGUGACGCUGUUUUCUUCAUAUUUCAUACUGCUGCAAUGUCCCGUGUCGCCACGAUUUGUACUGCAAUAAAGAUGAAUGUUAUAUCUAAACAGAA